GUAUUCGGUGAAUGUUUACCCUGAUUGUAUGCGCAGUUGAGAAACACGUAACAGCGAAGUUGAAUAACUUAUUGGAUAUUUAUGUGAUCAGGCGACGAGCUCUGACAGCUGCAUUUGUGCCUUGAAAACGGCUUUGAACCGGCCCCAGUAUCCAACAGGGACUGUAAAAUUAAAGCUCCGACGCAACCCGAUAUUAUCGGUCCCUUCUUCAAACCAAGAAACCGCCAUGAUCUUACGUUUCACGACAGAAUAAUUUUUAAAGCUCUAGUUAUUGAAGACCGAAAGAGUUGAUAAACGCCUUCAGACUCUAAGAUUACUUAGCGUAUUAAAAACAAUCAUUCUAGUAGCUGGAAAAUGAUCAUGAGGUCGAAUUAACGAAGUCUCUUCGCCGAUUUAGAAAACAUUUUCGGGAGUAGAUUUCAUUUCAGGAUACUGAGGAAAAAAAGCGAUAAAAAUGGCGACGGAGAAGGAAGGAAAAGCCGAAAGCAAGGCUAAAGAGACUUCAAGUGAAGUUUCUCCGCUGGAAGCCGACGGCAAGACGGCAUUACUUAGUAGAGUCAAUAAAGAUCUGAUCGUUCCGAAGCUAUCGUUCUUCUUCUACUUCAUGGGAAUUGGAGCGUUCCUUCCAUACCUCGGAGUCUACUACAAGCAAUUAUGGCUCAAUGCAAGAGAGACUGGUAUUUUGCUUGGUAUACGACCGUUUAUAAAGAUGCUGUUCUCGCCCGUUUGGGGGAUCAUCACUGACUAUUUUCGCAAGCCCAAAACGAUUUUGCUGCUAUCAAUAUUUGCAAGUUUAAUAGCACAUUGGUCGCAGAGUAUAGUCUCGCCAUUCCAGUUACCUUGCUAUCCUGAAAACUCCUCUUCCGUUGAAGCUAGAGGCGAACCAAUUCCCGGUAUCGCAAAGAGUCUAGAUGUACAAUUGAACACUUUAAAGAACCAGAAUUUUAAACGUGAAUUGAACACCUAUCCUUUAAGAUAUCAGGUCAUUACGGCUGGUGAAAGCAUAGCAAGAAGCAUAGGAGAAAACAAAAUGGCUCCAGAGUAUCGAAAGCUCGAGAAAAGAUCUUCAAUUUUUAAAGAAAAGGGGAGUGGAAAUUUGAAAGGGGAAGAUAAAAAUCUUCACAUUCAAGAUAAUAAUCAAAGACAAACCAAACAGCGAGAAUCUAAUUUAGUGUUUUCUGGCGAGGAUUUUGCUGAAUUAUUCGAGACUUUUGAGAACCCGGGAAAAUCGACCGAAGUUCGCGAGAAGAAGGAAGAGGGAAAUAGAACUUCGCCCGAUAAAGAUGGUCGUGUUACCGAAUACGUCGAGAGCCAACCACGAACGAUCAUGACCAAAAACAAAAAAAUAAAAUCUCCAAAACCAAAAACCGACUUCAGAAUCCGCGAUAAUAAAAAGAUUUUCAUCAUUUUAUUAGUUCUUAUAAUAUUCGGCGAAAUGGUGGCAGCGCCGGCUCCAAUGUUAACAGACAGUGGAACCCUAACUUUGUUAUCUGGACGCGAACACGAAUAUGGAAAACAGAGGCUGUUUGGAUCACUGGGAUGGGGAACGGGAGCGUUAGUGGCAGGAGCUGUUGUUACAGCCUUCCACUACUGUCCAUACUCAGACAACAUCAAUUAUGUGCCAAUAUUUUAUGUAUUCGCUGCGGCUAUGCUGAUUGAUUUGUGCGUGUCCGCGUUUUUCAAGUUUGUGUCGGACAAUGAAAAGGAAGUGGACUCGGAUGCUAAAGGGUGUAUUCUUGGGCUUAAGUUGUUUGGUAAUGUGAAGAACGCAGCGUUUAUCUUCGUUCUAUUCUUCUGUGGACUCUCGCACAGCUUGAAACUCUCAUUUCUGUUCUGGUUUCUCCAAGACAUCGGAGGCACCCCUGUGCUCUUCACCCUCAUUGUCCUCAUCAACUCUCUGUCCGAGGUCUUCAUGUUCUUUUUCGCGACAUACAUCGUGAAAAGGGUAGGCCACGAUGCUGUGUUAUACAGUGGCCUCUGGUGCUAUGGGAUCAAGUUUCUCAUCUACUCGUAUAUCAAGAAUCCCUGGCAUGUUUUACCGUUGGAGUCUUUGCAGGGUGUGACGUAUGGGCUGGUGUGGACUGCUAGUGUAUCGUAUGUUGUUGCAGGGCCAGGAUACGGCGCAACUAUUCAAGGGAUUAUCCACGGGGUAUACUGGGGCCUUGGCAUGGCUGUUGGCGGUGUACUCGGUGGAUUUCUCGUUCACGUGCUCGGCGCGCGUGUGACUUUUAGGAUUACCGCUGGCUGCUCGCUGGGAAUUUUGGUACUUUUCUUCGCGUUGAACAAUUUCUAUCGCAGAAGAGAUGAUUACAUGCCAAUUUCGACAGAACCUGACCAAAAGACUAAGAAAGAGAGUGAGGAGAGUAAAUAACACCACAGGAAACCCAAAUAUUAUUAUUAUUAUUAUUAUUAUUAUUGUUAUUUUCGAUUAAAAAAAUUAUCGGUAGUAAUAAUGAUUAUCAGGUUGAGAUUUCUUAAAAUUGAUAAUUUGAUAAUUGAUAAAUGAAACUCAAAGAGUUAUUCUUCAAUUGUGCGUUACGCGGCUUCUGUGGGGAACGUUGGUGUCUUUAAUAUACAGUCCUUUGACUAAACGUUGUCGUUGAUCGGAUCAUCCCUACGCGCCUAGACCGAAAAGGAUAACGGGUAAAUUACCCAGAACUUGCGUCAUCCAAACUGCUCGCCAGCGUUAAAUCUU